AUGAACAACAACCUCAUUUUAUUGAUCCUCCUAUUAAGGAAACCUAGUCAAUAAGUUUAUGAUCUCUUGACUGAGUAUUUAAAAAUACAUGAUGUCAUGGAAAUUGUUAAUAAUCCAACAUUGUAAAAUACAAUCCUCAGUCACAUCGAACCUGAAUUGUUGCAGAUUACUUCAAUGAAUAAAUUCCAUAAGAUAAUUGGAGAAACACUUCGUGAAAAAUAAUAAUAGAAAACUCCAGGAGGCAGUGUUGUUGAUUUGUUCUUUAGGAAUAUGCUAUUGCUAUUCAAUCAAAUGGAUUUCAAUCAAAUGUUAAAAUCUUGGAAUGAUUUCAGAGAAGGUCAAGAUAAUCAUUUGCAAAACAAUCCCUUCUUAACUGAUUCAUACAUAGAGUACUUGCUUACUAAAUUACAAACAAGUUCAAGCUAUGUAAAUUUAGAAGAGCUAAAACAUAUAAUCGAAUAACCAAAUUUGAAUGAGAAUUGCAAAGUCAAUUUUCUGAAAGCCCUCCUAUAUGCUUUGUUACGAUAUCCCUUUCGAGCUAUAAAGUUCUCUCGCAAAUACUAUGACAUGACAUUGAAUAGUCUUGUUCCAAAAAAGGUGAAUCAUUGCAUAAUGAACUCCAUUUACCUCAACAUGAAGAUGAAUUUCUAUGAUGAAGCUUUGAAUAGUUUAUCCGAAGGUUUGAGAUUGUCAUAGACUGUAUCGGAUGAACAAAGUAUUAACUUGUGUUUGCUCAAUCUCUUUGAAAUAGCCUAUCGCAACAAUUAUCAAAAAUAAGCUACUCUAUUAUUAGAAUAUGCUGUGAAUCAUGCUUAAUAGUUAAGUCCAUAACAUAGAUUGUAGAGUGCUUUGAUAUAUGGGUCACAAGUAAGAUACAAAUAAAUCAAUUAUUCAUUGUUGAAGAAGAAGCAUAUUAAUUGGAAAGACAUAAUACAUUAGAGUUUGAAAUAGAUUUUACAGUCUCAUAGUCCAGAUAUUGAAUAGUCCAUCACUGCAUACUAAUUAGUAUGUGCAAAUAAUUAUGGCAAUUCAACUAUGAUUCAAAAUGCACUUGAUUAAUUGCAACAAUUCGAUUAAAAUGAUUAGACUCUUUCUCUUCAAUUAGAAGCUUUGAGUCAAAUAUCCUUGCAUCAACCAAUGUACACAUUGUCACAAUUCUAAUAAUGCUUUGAUACCACCUAUAAUUUGAGUGAAUAAUCAAUCUUAGUCAUUUUAAAUAUAUGUUUGGAAUACUUUGAAAUUAUCAAUGAACCAAUCUCAGUUAAGUACAUUAAGUAGAUCAUGAUGCAAUUGUUGUAAAUGAAUCCUGAUCCAUACAUUUCUGAAUCAUUGCAAAUUGCACCAAUUAAAAAUCCUAAGCUUAGAGUCAAGUAACUAUUAAAGGAUGGCGAGAAUGAUUUGGAGAUUAUUAAAUUAUGCAAGUAAUUUCAUCUGAAUUAAUAAUAUCUGGAAUACAAACUGAACAUAAUUGAAAGAAACAUUAAAUAAGAUUAGAUAUAGGAAGCUUAAGAUAAAUUAAAUAAUAUAAAUUUGUAUGAAUUAUCAUAAUCAAAUUGUGUUAUUUAAGCUAAGUUUUGGAAUCUAAUGGCUCGUACUUAUAAAAAUAUUAAGUAUUAUGCCACCUCUAUCAACUUUGCCAUAUAAGUUGGUUGGAUUACAAUGAUACAAUAGAAUUAUUAUGAUAUGGCUUUCAUUUAUGAUCAAUUAGAUUAAUUCGAUCAGAGAGAUCAUUGUGCUGAGCAAUUUAACAAAGCUGAUGCACUCAUUAGUUAAUGUAAUUAGAAUACGAAUUUGAUCUUCUUUAAGAUAAAUGAAAUUGGAAUCGUGGAGUACUUGUAUCGCUUUCUAAAUAAUAUACAAUCCUAAUUUAGUUGUAAUAUGUGA